AUGAUUAUAUUGGACUAAGAUAAAGAAAAAAUAUUAGAUUAAAUAGCUUUAAAUCCUAUUGAAAUUCAUAAUUCUCCAACUAGUAGUGUUUGGGAUAAAGCAUUAAAAAUUGAUAGAUUAGAUGAAUAAUUAGGAAAAUAAAAAACUGAAGAAUCUUUAAGCAUCAAAUGUUAACAAAUUAGAUCAAAAAGAGGAAGUAUAAAAAAUGAAAAUACACCUUAUUGGAAAUUGAGAGAUUUAGAAUUAAAGAAGAAAAAUAAAUGA